AAGUCUCCUCCGUAGCUCUCUUUGGCUCUCCUGGCCCUGUAUACGCCGACAAUCAAAGCGGAUAAGGCUUUGGGUUCUAUGCAGCGUUCGCCAUGUUCCGCCAGCGUUUGGAGGGCAGGUCACACUUGUAGAGCGUGGGGGAGGAGAGACCGGGAACACGGGCCAGCGUCCGGCGGAAGAGGAGUAUAGCGAGUACGUAAGCGAGGGGUCGAUCUCAUCUCUAUAGCUUGACGGAGACUCGGACCGAAGUUCUACAUCCCUGCACCGUUCUGGGUCGUUUGCUCAAACCGUCUUCUCCUCACGCGCCUCGUCUCUCUGCUUCUUCAAAAUCCCUAUAAAACGUAGCCCCUCCAAGUCCACCCAUGCCUCAGCCCUCCGCGCCCUUCCCCUGCCCCUACAUACUCCUUCUACACCAUCCACCAUGAGCCCAAUCGCACUCCCGUCUCAGCACGCUGCUGUCCUUCAUGGUGCCAAGGAUCUUCGUUACGAGGACCGCACUCUCUGGCCACCACAGCAAGGCCAUGUCCAAGUCGCAGUACUUGCGACCGGUCUCUGUGGCAGCGACCGUAAGUCUCCAAUCACACUUACAUAUGCACACCAGUCAUCCGAUAGAACUCUGGCAGUGCACUAUUACAUGCACGGACGGAACGGAGACUUUGCCCUCCAAGCACCCCUUGUGCUCGGUCACGAAUCCGCAGGGAUCGUCACCGCCGUCGGUCCCGGAGUCAAGAACUUCGUCACCGGCCAAAGGGUAGCGAUCGAAGCCGGCAUCAUGUGCCGCGACUGCAGUUACUGCAAGAAAGGUCGCUACAACCUUUGCAAAAACAUGCGCUUUGCCUCUUCCGCCAAAACCUUUCCUCAUCUGGACGGGACUCUCCAGGAUAGGAUGAACCACCCGGCCCAUGUCCUCCAUCCACUACCAGAUAACUGCUCUUUCGAACAAGCAGCCCUCGCAGAACCCCUCUCCGUCCUCCUCCACGCAUCACGCCGCGCCUCCUUCACAUCCUCCUCCGCCCCUUCAACCGUCCUCGUCUUCGGCGUCGGCGCAAUAGGUCUCCUCGCCUGUGCACUAGCAAAAUCAUAUGGUGCCACGAGAGUGGUCGCCAUCGACAUCAACCAAGCUCGUCUCAACUUCGCCAAAGAACAAGGGUUCGCGGAACAAGUGUAUUGUUUGUCUAUGACUGACCGGGCAAAGACGACGGAGGACCAGUUGAAGAGAGCGAGGGAGAACGUCGGCGCCGCUUUGAGCGCAUUUGGCGAACCGGAUGGGUUCGAUUUGGUUUUCGAGUGUACGGGUGCGGAGCCGUGUAUUCAGAUGUCUAUUCACGUUAGUCUCCGUUUCCCCUCCCCCCAUCUUUGUUCCCUCUUUCCCCCAUACUCACCACCAUUUACGUUCCCCUCUAAAACAGGCGGCUAUAACCGGCGGCAAAGUCAUGCUCGUAGGAAUGGGCAGUCGGAACGUCACUCUUCCUCUGAGCGCCGCGGCACUCCGCGAAGUCGACAUUCAAGGCUCGUUCCGGUAUGCGAAUACUUACCCGGAAGCCCUCGCUCUGCUUGCUAGCGGCAAACUUCCGAAUAUUGAGAAGAUCAUUACGCAUCGGUUUGGAUUGGAGGAAAGUAAGAGGGCGUUUGAGCUGCUUGCGAAGGGGAGGGAUGAGGAUGGGCGGAUGGUUAUCAAGGUUAUGAUUGGCCCGAGUGAUGGGCAACUGUUCUGAACGGUGGUGGAAGUUGGGACUUGGGACUGUUGUCUCUGUUUCGCUGGCUUUUUUUUUUUUUUUGGUUCUUGGUUUUGGAGAAACUCUUUCACGCUUAGACUUCCACUCCCCUCCCCUCCCUCCCCCUCCAACCCUUUUUUUUGUUUUUGUUUUUUACUUUCCUAUCCGUCUUUUUCUUGGUUGUACGUCUUUUCGUCUCGUCUUCGGACUGCACAUUGUAUCAGUACCAGUACCGCACAUCCUGCUUUUCACUUCACGCCUUUUUUUUUUCCUCUUUGGGUCUCUCAGUCUACUCUAUUUUUCCGCACGCAUACGCACAACCUACAAUUCACAAUUUACGACAAUAUAUCCUGUCUCUCUCUCUCUCUCUCUUGAUGCCCGCAUACCCCCUUCUUCCGUCUUCCGUCUCUAUCAUUCGCUCUGCAAUUCAACUCUAUACCUACCGUUUUUGUUUCCGCAUCUACAUCAUGUACACUCUAUGUACGCCUCCGUUGCAAACGAUUCUACAAUUCCCAUUGUACAUGCUUUCUUGUUUGCAACUCCUGACACGACGUUCAUACAAGAAAACGCAUAUGACCAU